AUGGAGAAUCUUAGGGCAAAUAAAUCCCAUGAAAUAUUGGUGGUUUCCCUUCCACCACGUCGGGCAGAAACCCAAACGAAUGCACCGAGACCAGUCGGUGCAUUACCUCUACGCAACGUCCCAUGCAUUCAACAGAAGGCAUUCGGAGCAGGGCGGGCGGACUCCGAGCGACAUCCUUUCAUCGUUAUCGAAGCGAGCCGGAGGAAGUCGUGGACGGUGGCGAAUUCCGUCCGAAUCUUCUACGGGGGGACGAUCAGCGCUUCGAGGGAAGAUCAUUCGGGGCUGGCCAUACCCGCCCAGCUCCGAAUGAUCUUGCCUGGCCGUAACUAUGAGCGAGAUGGACAGGCGCUGUCCAUGGGCUUUCGGUCUUCCCGGGCAGUGUGCGCCUGUCGCUUCCGCCCGGAUCGGAGGUGCCAGUGUCUUCGUUGGAUCAUCGCGGGUGAGGUCGUGGAUGCCGCGGGGUCUUCGCGGGUCGAACGAGAGGUGAAGGAGGAGAGACGGGUCCUCGUGCAGAAAUGUUGUCCUUUGGACGAAGGCAGUGAACUGUUUCUGAGAAAGUGCAACGCCUGUCCCUUCGAGUGGAACCUCCCGGUUUUCAAUCAAAAUAUGAGCGAGAUUCACAAUUUGUCAAGAGUAUACCGGCGCCGAAUCGAUGACAUGGCUUCGAUUCCUUGUGGCGAUGACGGCCUGCCUCCAAAUGCGAACGACGAUCCUUGGGAGGAAUACUACAUGGUCCAAGACACAGGCUAUCUCUACGUCCCGAAUGUGAAUUCCACUAUUUCAAAUGAACUUUCCUGUUCUGAGCAUUUUCACUGGGAAAGAUCCUGGAUAAAUGUGACAAGGGUUUGUCAUCCGACGGAGAUGAUCCCAGACUGCACUGGGAAGGUUUGCGUCCAGAAGUGCUGCCACGAGACGGAAAUGUUGCACGAGUCUGAGGGUUGGUAUCAAUGCGGGCCUGGUGAAAGAAAAUGGGAUUUCAGGGAACUUCUCCGCACAUAUCUCCAUUCUGAUGACAGCGUCCACGUUUCCACAGGUUUUCCCAUUUGUCCGCGUCUCUCUGCUUUCCUCAUCCCAUUGAUGUCAGUAUUGGGCCGUAGUUUCUUUCUAACCCGGAGCGGAGGAUUGAUCCAGACUGGAAGGCACACAUUCGGUGACGAGGUCGUCCGCAUGCCCAGUUAUUGCAUCGAUGCAUGCAGGAACUGCACUUCUUCUCUGGAGCCCAUAGCCCUAAUCUGCCCUCCGAUUCGGAUGGUUUCCCUGGACCUUCCUCCAUUCCCAACCAAGAUCAUGCUAAUGCUAGUGUCUGCCUUGGUCUUGUUCGUUACUUUUCUCCUAAGUUGCCAUUCCCUGAAACGGAAAAAGCUUUCUGGAGGGACUCGUCUUUUCUACCUCACCUGUCUCCUGCUUUCUUACAUUUUCUUAUGUGCCGCGGAAAUUUGCCUCUCCUUUGGCGUGUGCAAUGCCUUCUGCCCUGCAUCUGUGCUGGCUUACCACUACGGGUUCAUGUGCGUAUUCGCCUGGCUCAGUGCCAUGAGCUAUGAUAUCUGGCGGAACGUGAAUUACCUGAGGAUGGAUUCGCAAGACAGAAGCAAAAAGAAGCUGAUUUACUACAGCUUGUUUGCAUUCGGGGUCCCGGCGUGCAUUUUCGCUAUGGCCUACGUAGUGGAAGUCGCUCCGGGCAUCCCACCUCUCUCCAUGAGGCUGGGGUUAAAGUCUCUCACGACAAAUGAAUAUUGCAGGUUCCCUGAUCCUGUUGGCGUGAAGCUUUUUUUGGACUUGCCGUUCGUCUUGCUGCUGGUGGCUGAUGCAAUUUUCUUCGUGCGCACGAGUCGUUUCUUCGCUCGCCAUUCCAAGGACACUGCUGAUCUUCGUCGAAACCAGAAGCAUGAACGGAAGUUUUGGAUGUACGCAAAGUUGUUCGUGCUGAUGGGCGGGAACUGGGUCAUCAUGGUCAUAAUCGAUUCGGUCAGGCGAGCGAAGCUGGAUCUCUCCGAAAACGCGAAAUUCGCGUUGAUGUGCCUCCAUCACACUCUGCUGAACCUGCAGACCGUCUUCGUCUUCUUCAUCUUCGCGUGCAGCGGAGACGCCGCGCGACGAAGGAUGAAGAAUGCGUGGGCGUGGCUACGCGGGUGUCCCCGCGUGGGAGGGACUCCCGGGUCGUCCACAGCAUCCUCCAACGUGGAGAAGCAGUUGGGGAACGUCGAAGCGGACCCCAGGGUGUCAUAGGCGAUGACUUGAGGG